AUGUCCAGUUCUUCAACUCCUACAAAACUUAUACCAGGUGCUUGGCUAGACCAAGCCAUCUCUUCAUCUACAAGUUCCUCCUCGGGUUCAACCAUCAUACGAAACGUUGACCAGGUGAUUACUGCCUCGCCCGGGCAAAGAACCCCUGAAAUGCCCACGGCGAGUACAGCCGGCGACCGUCCCCUGAGCAUCAUCGUGCCAACACCAGUGUUUAUACCGCCAUUGGCGUAUUGCCCCUUCAGCACAGAUUUUUCACUUUCCCCGCUGCCAGCCUCGUACAUUGGAAAGAAAAUCUUGCCAGAUGAGCAUGCAAGCUCUAGUAUGCCAUCUACGCCUGCCAUUUCGCAACAAUGCCCGUUACCCCCCGAAGCACACGAUAAUCGCGACAUUGCCACCAUAAAUACCUCUCCUUCGAAAAUCUCUCACAUAAUUAAACCCCAAGCCAGCAUGACCCUGAUGACGGACAAACCGCCGAAACUACCAGAUAAUCUAUGGGUGUCUACUGGAUCCAACUGGCUCAGCGACCUCGGUGGAAACACAGAAACAGACCGCAUAUUCCGCAAUGCUCUCUUCGGUCCAGUUCCCUCCCUAAACCCCCAAAGUAGUCCACUCACCUCGAGUAUUGCAUCCCCCGCUUCCUCUUUUCCUGCAGCACUCUUACCGAGCAUGUCCACAUCGCUCAACAGUACUCCGAUUUCGUCUCCCUCCGCACCGUCUUCUCUCAAUUGUAUGUCUUCAGCCUAUUCACCAACUACAGCACGCCUGGCAUUGUCACCGACCUCGACUCCAGCCUUUCCCUCCAGCAUUGAUAGUUUUGAGCGGUGGCGCGAAGAUGUUACAAUCCAGACGAACAGACGAGAGACCAUGCCAGAGACUCCUUCUGUAUAUGAUGACACUGGCUCUAGUGCAGAGCACACCGAACGCACGAGCCAGCCUCCACCUGGCUUAAAUCAGAGGGUGGUGAAUCCACAUGCACCGUCUGCAAUAAAGUCAAAAACAUUCAUGCAGAAGGCGAAGAACAUUGGCGGACGCGUCAAACGCUUCGUAACGCGCGGCAAAAGAAGUAAAUGGAAUGCCACCAUCGAAGCUGACACUUUUGAUGGUACCACUCACACGGGAAGCGAUGACGGGAGCAUCGUAGUCAUUUCCGCGCGUCCUCCGUCAUACGACACGCGCCUUUCUCCACCCAUGUCUCCGCAAAGUCCUCAGCAGCGCAGGAGGUCUAUGCCCAUGGUCUCUCCGCAUUAUGUCCUCGUUAGAGAGCGUGUCUCAGCCAUCGCUGAGGGAGCUGUUGAGGUACCUCGUAUGGCGCCCCCUGCGGACGCCAGGGGACUUCCAGGGUCCAUUGUCUCGAGGGUACCUACUCGCCGUUUUUCUCUCGCAGCGUUCUCAAGUCUCGCAUCGCUCAAGCGACCAUAA